AUCACUACGUAACAGCUUUGUAAUUAAAAAGUAAACUUCUGUACAAAACAGCCAGCUGACCGAUUUCCUAUCCGCACUUGGUACGCUGGAUUUCCUACCAGGACUUUGUACGCUCCGCCUACAUCUGGUGUUGCUCCGAGAUCCGCAUUGUAAUGAAGAGGCGCAGUCAAUCAGUGUAGCUUUGACCGGUGUCAAAUCACCACGACUUACAAACUUCGGGUGAUCAUCGAACGAGUUAUUCAACUGUUGUCUGUCGAUGGAAAACAUGCACGUCAAAAUUCUUAUGCUGUUGACUGUGUUUGUGGUGAUACAGAUAAACAACUUAUCUCACGCAGAUCCAUGCUCGACUGUCGAUUGCCAGCCGGGUAAAACGUGUCGUCUGCAGGCAGUGACAUGCGUACGAGCUCCUUGUCCCCCGGUAGCGAUAUGCGAUGAGUCCAUUGUAGACUCAGAGAAAUGUGGCCCUGGGUCUGGUCCGGUGCUGGACAGUAAUGGGAAGGCUAUCUUCUGUGGACGAGGUCCGAAUCGCAGGACGUGUCCGGACCACACCACGUGCAAGAUUGACCCCUUAGACCGGUUCGCAGUCUGCUGUUGGCAGGACAAAACGAAGCCUGUUACCAAACCAGGAAGUUGUCCAAAGCCAAAGUCAGGUUUUGGUAUCUGCAUAGCACGAUGUUCAAACGACGGCGACUGCCCAGGACCACUCAAGUGUUGUGGUAGCUGCCCCCGCGAAUGUACCAAACCGGAGGUGAAGCCGAAACCAGGCAGCUGUCCUAGACAUCCCUGGUUUUUCAGCUGCGGCAACACGGUUCCAUGCACGGCGGAUUCACAGUGCAAGGGCAAGCUGAAGUGCUGCACAACGAGAUGUGGUCGAAUUUGCACGAAACCCGUCAAUCACAAGUGGUGGUGGUGGUUGUAUUAGCUGCAUUGGCUACCUGACAAUUAAAGUCGAGUUUUCAUCUCUGC